UCAGCCAGCAGACAUGAUGAACAUCAAAGCCUUUACGCUUGUCUCUGCCGUGGAGUGGGAGCUGCUGAUGGGUGACAAGGAGCGUGUCAACAUUGAGUGUGUGGAGUGCUGCGGCAGGGACCUCUGUUUGGGCACCAACGACUGCUUCGUCUACCGCUUCCUGUUGGAGGAGAGGCCAGUGCCUGCCGGGCCGGCCACGUCCACUGCCACGAAACAGCUGCACAGGCACCUGGGCUUCAAAAAGCCUGUGAGCGAGCUGCGCGCGGCCUCAGCACUCAACAGGCUGCUGGUGCUGUGUGACAACUCCAUCAGCCUGGUCCACAUGCUGAACCUCGAGCCAGUGCCCUCGGGAGCCCGCAUCAAGGGGGCGGUCACGUUUGCACUCAGUGAGAACCCUGUGACUGGGGACCCGUUCUGUGUGGAAGUUUGUAUGAUCUCUGUCAAACGCAGAACCAUCCAGAUGUUUCUGGUGUACGAGGACCGGGUGCAGAUCGUCAAGGAGGUGUCGACCUCUGAGCAGCCCCUCGCCGUAGCUGUGGAUGGCCGCUUCCUGUGUCUGGCUCUGACCACUCGGUACAUCAUCCGCAACUACAGCACAGGUGUCUCCCAGGACCUGUUUCUCUACUGCAGCGAGGAGAGGCCACCAAUUGUCAAGAGGAUAGGGAGACAGGAGUUCCUGCUGGCGGGCCCCGGAGGGCUGGAUUUUGCCACAGUCGCAGGGAUAUCCCAGCGGGCUCCCGUGCUCUGGUCAGAGAACGUGAUUGGGGUGGCCGUGUCCUUUCCAUACGUCAUAGCGCUGGAUAAUGAAUUCAUCACGGUCUACAGCACGUUGGAUCAGCAGCAGAAGCAGACCCUGCCCUUUAAGGAGGGCCACAUCCUACAGGACUUUGAAGGAAGAGUGAUUGUUGGCACAAGUAAAGGAGUUUACAUCUUGGUUCCAUUACCUUUGGAAAAACAAACACAGGAUCUUCUAGCAAGCCGCAGAGUAGAAGAGGCUUUGGUUUUAGCAAAAGGAGCCCGGAGGAACAUUCCAAAGGAAAAAUUUCAGGUAAUGUACAGAAGGAUUCUGCAGCAGGCGGGAUUUAUACAGUUUGCACAACUUCGGUUCCUGGAAGCUAAAGAGCUCUUCAGAAGCGGCCAGCUUGAUGUCCGGGAGCUGAUCUCUCUCUCUGCCUUCCUGUUGCCCACCUCCUCCUCCUUCACCCGGUCCCACCCUCCUCUUCAUGAGUACGCAGACCUGAACCAGCUGACCCAGGGGGACCAGGAGAAGAUGGCCAAGUGCAAACGCUUCCUCAUGAGCUACCUGAACGAGGUCCGCAGCACAGAGGUAGCAAACGGCUGCAAGGAGGACAUCGACACAGCGUUGCUCAAACUGUACGCGGCGGCCGACCACGACAGCCUGCUGGACCUCCUGGUCACCGAGAACUUUUGCCUUCUGACGGACAGUGCCGCCUGGCUAGAGAAGCACAAAAAGUAUUUUGCACUUGGACUGCUCUAUCAUUAUAAUAACCAAGACGCUGCUGCGGUUCAGUUGUGGGUGAACAUUGUGAAUGGCGAUGUCCAGGACUCCACACGCUCAGACCCGCAUGAAUACAUCGUGGAUUUUCUUAUCUACUGCUUAGACAAGGAGCUAGUGUGGGCCUAUGCUGAUUGGGUCCUGCAGAAAAGUGAAGAGGUCUGAGUUCAGGUUUUCACCCAGAGACCUUUGGAUGAACAACAGAAGAAUAGUUUUAAUCCAGACGACGUUAUCAAUUGCCUUUAAAAAUACCCUAAAGCCCUUGUGAAGUAUCUGGAACAUCUCGUGAUAGACAAGAGACUGCAGAAAGAAGAGUAUCACACCAACUUAGCUGUGCUCUACCUGGAAGAGGGGCUGCAGCAGAGGGCCUCCGCGAGCGGCAAGGGUGCAGAGGCCACUGAGACGCAGGCCAAGCUGCGGCGUCUGCUCCAGAAGUCCGAUUUAUACCGAGUCCACUUUCUCAUCGAGAGGCUGCAGGGAGCUGCCCUGCCCAUGGAGAGCGCCAUCCUGCACGGGAAGCUGGGUGAGCAAGAGAAGGCGCUGCAUAUCCUGGUGCACGAGCUGCGGGACUUUGCAGCGGCCGAGGACUACUGCCUGUGGUGCUCCGAGGGCCGGGACCCGCCCCACUGCCAGCGCCUCUUCCAAACGCUGCUGGCCAUCUACUUGCGGGCCGGCCCCGCCGCCAACGAGCUGGCAGUGGCCGCCAUGGACCUGCUGAACCAACACGCCACCGAAUUCGACGCAGCCCAGGUGCUGCCGAUGCUGCCCGGCACCUGGUCAGUGCAGCUCCUCUGCCCAUUCCUGACAGGGGUCGUGCGGGGCUGCGUCCACGCCAGGAGGAACAUGCAGGUGGCUCUUGGCCUGGCCAAGUCAGAAAACUUAAUUUACACCUAUGAUAAGAUGAAGUUGAGGCCGGGCGCGUUGAAUGGAAGCUCAAUUCGGCUCUCAGACAAAAAGCUUUGUCAGAUAUGCCAAAAUCCCUCUUGUGAGCCUGUGUUUGUUAGAUACCCAAAUGGUGGUCUUCUGCACACCCACUGUGCUGCCAGCAGAGGCACGAACCCCAGCUCAUCCAGCCCUGGCACUCGGGCUUGA